AUGGUUGCAAAGAUUCGACUUUUGAUCGAAAAACUCUAUAAUAAAAUGAGUAGAAAUAAUAAUCUUAAUAUGUGUUUUAACGAGUCAGAGAAGACUCUAAAACAAGAAGUGGAACAAGUGAAUGUAGAUGAAACUUCCAACAGUUAUGAUGUCUCUAAAAUGAUAGGAUAUUUAUUAGUUUCUCUUAACAAAUUACUUUUUUUCUAA